AUGAAGAAAGUGAGCGAGCUACAAAAGUCAAGAAGAAAGAAAAACCUUUAUCCACAUCGGCUUGCUCGUAAAGGAUAUGCCCGGCUAGCUAGUGAAAUUUCGACAGAGUUGUGUGAUGAUGACGAAGUUAAUAGAGCUAUACUGUGGAAGAAAGGGAGAACUAGUAAACAAGGAGAAGUACAAGGAGAUGUUUUGAAGACAAAAUUUACAAAGAUUGAUGAAUAUAUUCAGCAAAAGCAAGAUGGUUUGUUGCAACUUCAAGGACCAAAUGAGGACAUCCUGACACAGGCUCUUGAAUCUAAGGAGCAUGGAGGUCGGGUGAGGGCUAUAGGGGGACAUGUCAAUCCCUCAACAUAUUUCAGAAUGGGUAGAGGGAUGAUGCCUGCUCAUGAGAAAAAUGUUCUUCUAAGCAGACAAGCCAAAGUUGAAGACAGAGUAGCAAAGUUAGAAAAUAUGCUACUUCAAAAUGUUGGCUGUAAUAUUUAG